GUUCCGCGGGGCGGGUCGUGAUCAGAAAGAGCCCGGAGGAGGACGGGUCGGCCGGAGGUGUAAUUAACCAUGGGAUUACUAUCAAAUCUGGCUCGAGGUUUGGUGCGAGGAGCUGAUCGGACUGCAGAACUCACAAGCAAACGUGGACCCCGGAGUUUCUACAGGUCCCGGGGAGCCAAGCCAACAGGGUUUAUAACUUCCAGUGGCAAGUUUGUAAAGAUCCGAAAAAUGGUACCUGAGCUGGUGGUUCCCAAUUUAGAAGGUUUUCAUCUGAAACCAUACGUGUCCUACAAAGCACCAAGGGGAACAGAGCAGCCCUUGACAGCCAAGAAACUCUUCAUGGAAACUGCUGCUGUGCAAAUAGAGAAAGAUUUUCAGGAAGGUACCUUUGACAUGAACAGCCUAGAAAAGUAUGGCUUUGAACCAUCACAAGAGGGGAAGCUUUUCCAGCUAUUUCCAAAAAAUUAUGUGAAGUAAUAAGAACUGAAGUUUCUGAAAUUAAGCCCUUUUCCUGGACUGAAUUGAGAAAUAAAUGAGAAGUGGCUGCCAUCAAUGGUGUAAUGAGUAAAGUUACAUAUGUGCCAGAAGUUGAUGAAUAAAUAGACAUAGUUUUGUUGCACUGAUAUGUCCAAACAGAUGUCAAGUACCUUGUUGGUACCAAUCAAUUUAGUACCUGUGGGUUUUUUUAUUACCUCCAGAAACCCUAAUUAAACCUCUGUUUUAAUUUCAUCUGUUGCUGUUAUUACUAAAAUUUUAGGAAGUAAAAUGUAAAAAAAAGUUAUUAGAUCUACCUGAACUGUAGAGGAACAAAAUGUGUCUUGCACGAUAUUGAAGUAUAGUUAGUAUUAUACUAAAACUUGUUUGGGAGGAAAAGAUGACCUUGGACCUAAAGUUCUUUACACUCAAGUAUUUGUUGUAUCAUGUGUGCCUUUGUUGAACUCAUGGAGUUUAUUUGUGUAUUUAACAACUUCAUUAUUGUCGCUGGCUUCCACCUGGUUGGUGAAGGUAAACCAAAUGAUCCAACGUCUUCUGUUUAUCAAGCAAUUCCCAUGUUCCUAAUUCAGUCCAGAGUUAUUGUUAUUGGCCCCAGAGGGACAGACUUAAAUAUGAACAAUUGUCAUCGUUCUCAACUGUGAUUCUUGUUCAUUCUAUAUCUUCUAGUUUGAUCUCCAAAUCCAGACAUCUGAAUACAAAUCAAUUAAUAAAUACAAAUUAAUAAAUUUUGUCUGGUUAU